AUGUUGCCCCAUGGCUCUGCGGCAAUGGACGCCCCAGGCGAUCCGUACAAGAAACGGAUGAGGACGGGGAAGGGAUGGCGUCGUGGUGGGAGCAGCAGCGCCGAUGGUUAUCCACCAGGCAAUUUCUUAGCUCGCAAGGGAAUACCAACGACGAUGCCUGGCUCCUCAUCAGUAGCAGGAGGAGCAGGAGGAGCAGGAGCAUCAGCACCUCGUGGUGUAGCAGAGGAGCAUACAAGCAGCAUGGUGCAGCAGCUAACACGUUUACCAUUAACAGCAGAUUCAUUACAUUUACAGCAACGUGGUGUUCGUGAUUAUAGUAAGAAUUUAGUACUAAAAGAGCAACACGAGGAGAGGCCAAUAUGGGUGAAGCUAGUGUUGAAUGAGAGUUGCUACUUCAUUGAAUCUGCCAGCAAAAAGGAACUUGAUCAUCUUCUCUCCAAUCCGCGCAUCCGCAGCGCUUCCCUGUUGCCGCAGCAGCAGCAGCAGCAGCAGCUCAUGCGGUUGAUGCAGCAGCAGCAUCAGCUACCUGGUAGCAAUGACCUCAGCGAGCAGCAGCAGCAGCAGCAAGAGAAUGUGUAUCUAACAAGCAGCGCCCCAACCCUUGACGCAUCUCAGUUAGCCUUUGUUUCAUCGGAGCCGGAUGCUGCAGCAGAAGACAGCAGCAACAUCAAGACGGAACCUGGAGUCGUCUCCGCUGACAAAGGGGCACAGAAGCAACCGCAGCAACAGCAGCAGCAAAGUGGGGGCAAGGGUGCUUCAGAGAGACAGGUGUAUUCAUUCCAGGUGCGAGCAGAUAAGGUAGAGGAGGUAAAGAGGACAUCAAUUGAAGUUAUGCAAAGACCGCUAUUAAGUGAAUAUGAUUUUCGAAGAGAUUCAAAAAAUGCAAAAAUUACUUCAUUAUUACUUAAAUCAUCCACCAAAAUCAGAUAUUACCAGGAGCGCGCGUUGCGUAAGAUGUUUAGCAACGGCCGUGCACGUAGUGGUAUAAUAGUCUUACCUUGUGGUGCUGGUAAGACGCUAACGGGUAUAACAGCUGCAUGCACGCUGCAGCGCAGCACGGUGGUGUUAACAACAUCUGCUGUCGCAGUAGAGCAAUGGCGUCGUCAAUUCUUAGAGUACAGCAGCAUUGACGGGAAUGUUCUGCUGGCAUUAACAGCAGAGGAGAAGCAGCAGCUAUGGCCACCAGAAGCAGCAGGAGUCCUUAUCACUACUUAUACUAUGCUUUCUUUUACGGGGAAAAGAAGUGCAUCCGCAGAGAUUAUUCUCCAACAAAUUAAACAAAGAGAAUGGGGUCUCAUCAUCUUUGAUGAAGUGCAAUUCGCACCAGCACCAGCAUUCAGGAGAAUCAAUGAUCUUGUGCGGGCUCACUGCCGUCUGGGUUUGACGGCUACAUUGGUGAGAGAAGACGAUUUGAUUAAAGAUCUGCAGUGGAUUAUCGGACCCAAACUAUACGAAGCAAACUGGCUAGAUCUGCAAAACCAGGGUUAUUUGGCGAAGGUAUCUUGUCAGGAAGUGUGGUGCCCCAUGACUGCGGAGUUUUAUCGGGAGUAUCUUAGAGUUCCGCAUGCAAAACAGCGGAAGUUGUGGGUGUGUAACCCAACAAAGUUGAUGGCAUGCGAAUUUCUCUUACGUUUCCAUGAAGCAAGAGGAGAUAAAGUUAUUGUUUUCUCUGAUAAUGUUUUUGCUCUUCUUCAUGUUGCUAGAGCUCUUAAUAGACCCUUCAUUUAUGGUAGGGUUUCUCCUCCGGAGCGUAUGGCUAUCCUCAGCAAAUUCAAAAACGAGAGCUCCUUCAAUACCCUCUUCCUGUCCAAAGUGGGAGACAAUGCAAUUGAUAUCCCUUGUGCAAACGUCGUUAUCCAGAUUUCCUUCAACUUCGCAUCCAGUAAAGAUACAUUAGAAAUGGUUUAUGCAGAUAAAAGGCAACAAUUCAUCAUCGAUCAGGGGUAUUCAUACCGUGUAUUGCACUGUCGCGAUUUGCCCUUAGAGGAGCACACGUUAGCGUAUGGCGACAAAGAAAGACAAUUGGCGAUGUUAAGAGAUAUUUUAAUGACAGAUGAUGCAGAUAGAAGUCUUGAUGAUGAUGAAGAUGAAGGCACUUAUAUAUCAUCCGACCAGCAGCAACAGCAGCAGCAACAGCAGCAGCAGCAACAACCCUCAGCCAGAGUCGUACAAGGAGGACUCGCAGGCAUUUCAGGGUUUGAGCAACCAGCGCGGCCAGCGCCGCGCGGCCGCGGAGCGAAGGCCACAGCAGAGAUGCAUCCCCUCUUCCGCCGCUUCCUCAGCAACAAAACCUAA